GCCGGCGGGGCGGCGGCGGCCAGAGGCAGGCCCGAGGAGGCGGAGCGGGACCCUUCCCCCCUGCCCGCUGCCUCCGCCGCCAGCAUGAAGCUCGUGAGGAAGGACAUCGAGAAGGACAACGCGGGCCAGGUGACUCUGGUGCCCGAGGAGCCCGAGGACAUGUGGCACACGUACAAUCUUCUGCAGGUGGGCGACAGCCUGCGCGCCUCCACCAUCCGCAAGGUGCAGACCGAGUCCUCCACGGGCAGCGUGGGCAGCAACCGCGUGCGCACCACGCUCACACUCUGCGUGGAGACCAUCGACUUCGACUCGCAGGCGUGCCAGCUGCGGGUCAAGGGCACCAACAUCCAGGAGAACGAGUACGUCAAGAUGGGGGCCUACCACACCAUCGAGCUGGAGCCCAACCGCCAGUUCACGCUGGCCAAGAAGCAGUGGGACAGCGUGGUCCUGGAGCGCAUCGAGCAGGCGUGCGACCCGGCGUGGAGCGCCGACGUGGCCGCGGUGGUCAUGCAGGAAGGCCUGGCGCACAUCUGCCUCGUCACGCCCAGCAUGACCCUCACCCGCGCCAAGGUGGAGGUGAACAUCCCCCGCAAGCGCCGCGGCAACUGCUCGCAGCACGACCGGGCCCUGGAGCGCUUCUAUGAGCAGGUGGUCCAGGCCAUCCAGCGCCACAUUCACUUCGACGUGGUCAAGUGCGUCCUGGUGGCCAGCCCCGGGUUUGUGAGGGAGCAGUUCUGCGACUACAUGUUCCAGCAGGCCGUGAAGACGGACAACAAACUGCUGCUGGAAAACCGGCCCAAAUUCCUUCAGGUGCAUGCCUCUUCUGGGCACAAAUACUCCCUGAAAGAGGCCCUUUGUGAUCCUACUGUGGCCAGUCGCCUCUCAGACACCAAGGCCGCUGGUGAAGUAAAAGCCCUAGAUGACUUCUACAAGAUGUUGCAACAUGAACCUGACCGAGCUUUCUAUGGACUCAAGCAGGUGGAGAAGGCCAAUGAGGCUCUGGCAAUUGACACACUGCUCAUCAGUGAUGAGCUGUUCAGACACCAGGAUGUAGCCACCCGAAGCAGAUAUGUAAAAUUGGUGGACAGUGUCAGAGAGAAUGCAGGCACAGUUCGGAUAUUUUCUAGUCUUCAUGUAUCUGGGGAGCAGCUCAGUCAGUUGACUGGAGUUGCUGCCAUUCUGCGCUUCCCUGUCCCUGAUCUUUCUGAUCAGGAGUCUGGUUCAAGUUCUGAAGAGGAUUAAUGAUUGGCACUUGUAAAAAAAGACCGUUUAUUGCCCAACUCCUUCACUUACAUAAACUAAUAUAUAAAACAGAUGUUCUUAAAUCCAGUAUGAAAGCUGCUAGGAGGUUCUGUUUCAUUUCCAUGAGAGGGUUUUUCUUGUCAGGCUAACCUAUUACUUUGGAAGAUCUAUACAACUAGAAAAUAAAGAGAAAAUUAAUGUCUUAAUUUUAUCCUUAUUCACAUUACUAUCACUUUAGGGGGAAAAUCUCCUAGAGAUAGAGUAAACAGUUUGAUAAUUAGGGGGGGGAAAGAUGUGUUUCUAUUAUAUCAGCUGCAUUCAGUGUGUACUGUACUGGGGAUAAACUACUGUUUUUGUUUUUACUUUAUUUUCAGAGCGCUUUGCAGUAAUUUUACCUAGUCUUCGAAAAUAGCUAGAAAGUGGUUUUGGAAGAUGGAUAGAAAAUUCACCAAAGAAAACCUAAAAACUGACAUUACAAGAAUUGAAUGAGAUAGUGUCUAACAUGCCAAGAAGCCACUGUCCUUAAGUUAACUUAAUGCUAUACUUAGCUUACUAUUCAUAGUUUUAGAACAGGAAGGAACCUUUUUUAAAUAUAACACUUGAUUUUACAAAUGUUAAACUCAGGCCCAGAGAGGUUAAGGUGACUUCUCUGAGGUCAAGCAGCUCAGCAGUAGCAAAGGUCAUAGUGCAAUCCAACUUUUUCACCUACAGAGGUCUUUCUGUUUGUGCCAUGCACUUGUUUUGAUUUGUCAGAUUUAUUAAUUGUUAAAUUAUUAGAAUUUCAAGUUGUCUGCCUUUAACUUGGAGUCUUUAAAGCAGUAUUUUCUAUAUUCUAAACAAUUUUGGUUUAGUCAUGCAAAUGCUUCAUGAUUGAACAGAGCCUUUGUGGAGCAAAAUAAUGACAACGUAUUUGACCUGGUUUAUGAUUGAAAAGGGAUGGUAGGUAAUUCACUACAAUGUCAGCAAAAUGGUCUACUGUUUGAAAUGGUAAAUUGUAUUUUGCUUAUGGUUUGGGGGCAUCAGGUAGAAUAUUUUUGACAUUCAUUGACUCAUUCCUAAAUAAUAUGUUUCUGUGCCAUAAAAUAUGUUUAUUUUAUUCCCCAUAAUAAUAUUAAGGUAAUUUACAUCAUUGAAAUUAUAAGAGGCCAUUCAAAAGUCAGUUCAAGUACAAUUUCUGAAGUGCUGUUCUCCUGAACCUGUCAUUUAACCUCUCAGGCAACUCUUUUAGAUUAAAUUGCUAAAUAUAAAAAUAUUUAUUUAUAUAUGGGGGCAAGUCAUAACCCCAACUGCCUCAGUUCUGACAGCUGGCAUGUGUAAAUACAAUCUACCAACAAUUAAUUCUAACUACUAUUCUAGCCAGUGUUUUACAUGUGCCUUCCCAGUAAAUUUUUUCACGAAGUUGCUGAGUAAAAAUAGAUCUUCUAAAUCCAGGAUUCUCUACCACUCCACAAUGUCUCCUUUUUUAAGCCCUCCCCACCCCCCAAAAAAAGUUGUUGCAUUCCCCUUCCUACACACACACACUCUAAAUAAGCUUAUAUUAUACUUGACAAAAUGACUAACAUUAAGAUAUAUAACUGAUAUGGAUACUUUCACUUAACCUCUAGAAUACUUCAUUUCCAAAUGCAGCAAAGCAUUAGAAUGAUGCCUGUGAUAUUAGCUUAUGCUAAGUAAAUUCAGGGGAAAAACUGGAUUAUUCAUCCAGUAAUUUUGACCAUUGCUUCGCACUUUUCAGGAAGGCAUGUCCUACAGUUCAGAAACUUCUGCCUUAAACCAAAAUGUUUUAUGUUACCAUAUGGUCAAUAAUGUACUCACAUGUUGGCCUUGCUUUGUACAAAAUUUAGUCUUUAAAGAUAGCCAUAAUAAUAUUAAGGUAAUUUACAUCAUUGAAAUUAUAAGAGGCCAUUCAAAAGUCAGUUCAAGUACAAUUUCUGAAGUGCUGUUCUCCUGAACCUGUCAUUUAACCUCUCAUGCAACUCUUUUUAGAUUAAAUUGCUGAAUAGUUUCCAGUCUGCUUUUGUUUCAUCCAGAGAAUUUGUUCACUAAAAAUUCUCUUCAUUAGUGAAAUAAUGUGCCCUAUCCCCCAAAAGGCCAUUUAAAUCAUGCAUUGUUUCCUUAUGUUCAGAUUGUAAUUUUUUUCAAAAUCCCAUAGUAAUCAAAUACAUAACUGAAAAAGUUCUCUAAUAAUAUGUACCAAAUAAUAAAAUUAGCAUUAAGAUCUC